AUGGAUGUACUAGGUGAUGUUGCAGUUCUUGCGCUGCCAUACCCGUUCUCCUUGGAUCCUUCGAAAGGCAACACCAACCAUUUUGCAACCCCGCCAAACUUCUGGACGACCGCGGAAGUCUCUAUUGGCCUUCUAGCAGCAUGUAUGCCGCCUCUAAAUCCUUUGAUUAGACGCGCACCGUCUUCACUAAACAUAGACGACUCCAUAAAUACUAGCCUUGCUUUACGUCGUUCGGACCGCAGCAAAACAUCCGAGAGAUUAUCGAGUGUCGAGAUAACUCCGAAGAUUCAUGAGUUCAAUGAGGGUAAGAUGGUGGCAACGAAAAGGGCAGAUAUUGAGAUGAGUGACUAUGGAAGCAUCGAGGUGGACGAGUCUGCGAGUAUUGGCAAAGUUGUGUGA